UGUUGUGGAAUGUGGAUAACUUCAUUUAAUUUAUAUAGAUAUAUGCUGUUAAUACAUUUUCGAUUUUUCAGUUUCUCUCACACCCUUCAAUAUUUAGCUGCUAAUCAGCUAAUAUGGGAGGCCCUGGUGGUACAUGGACACCUCAUAAGAGGCGUGGACCAAUAGCAGCCGAGUUCUCCGGUCCUGGACCGGCAGCGAUAGCCUUGCCAUCUCUUUUUGGAAAUGUACAUGUGAAUGAAUCUACCAAGAUUAAGGCACCGGCCUAUACCUUUGGUAGCAAACCCAAAACUAAGGUUGAAUCCUGCUCCCCUGCCCCUAAUGUUUACAACACAUCAGGUCUUACAUCAAAAGGAAAAGACUGUGGUUAUGCUCAAACUAUUUGUGGACGAGGUCGAGAGGACAGAUUACCAACUACUCCAGCUCCUGGAACCUAUACACCAGAGAAAUCAGACAAAUAUCUAAACACUGCUCCACAACAAACCUUCGGUCAUAGAACUGAAAUAAAGAUGAACUCCGUUGCUCCAGCUCCUGGAACCUAUGAUACAGAGAAGGGUGAAAAAUAUCUCCAUUCUUCUCCACAUCAAACAUUUGGUCUAAAACCUGAAUUAAAGAUGAACUCAGUUGCUCCAGCUCCUGGAACCUAUGAUACAGAGAAAGGUGAAAAGUAUCUCCAUUCUUCUCCACAUCAAACAUUUGGUCUAAAACCUGAAUUAAAGAUGAACUCAGUUGCUCCAGCUCCUGGAACCUAUGAUACAGAGAAAGGUGAAAAGUAUCUUCAUUCUUCUCCACAUCAGACAUUUGGUUUGAAACCUGAAUUAAAGAUAAACUCUGUUGCUCCAGCCCCUGGAACCUAUGAUACAGAGAAAGGUGAAAAGUAUCUUCAUUCUUCUCCUCAUCAAACAUUUGGUCUGAAGCCUGAAUUAAAGAUAAACUCAGUUGCUCCGGCUCCUGGAACCUAUGAUACAGAGAAGAGUGAAAAAUAUCUCCAUUCUUCUCCACAUCAGACAUUUGGUCUGAAGCCUGAAUUAAAGAUGAACUCUGUUGCUCCAGCUCCUGGAACCUAUGAUACAGAGAAGAGUGAAAAAUAUCUCCAUUCCUCUCCACAUCAGACAUUUGGUCUUAAGCCUGAAUUAAAGAUGAACUCUGUUGCUCCAGCUCCUGGAACCUAUGAUACAGAGAAGGCUGAAAAAUAUCUCCAUUCUUCUCCACAUCAGACAUUUGGUCUGAAACCUGAAUUAAAGAUAAACUCAGUUGCUCCAGCCCCUGGAACCUAUGAUACAGAGAAGGGUGAAAAGUAUCUCCAUUCUUCUCCACAUCAAACAUUUGGUUUGAAACCUGAAUUAAAGAUUAACUCAGUUUCCCCAGCACCUGGAACCUACGACCCCGAAAAAGCUGACCGGCUAUUAAAUGGAGCGCCCCACCACAGCUUUGGGCUUAAGCCCGAGCAAAAGAUAAACUCCGUAGCUCCCGCUCCAGGAACUUAUAAUCCAGAGAAGGCAGAUCGUCUUUUAAACGGAGCACCCAAACAUAUUUUUGGUCUCAAACCGGAACAGAAAAUCAACUCAGUUGCCCCAGCACCUGGAACUUAUGACCCAGAGAAAGCUGAUCAAUUCUUAAAUGGAGCUCCCCACCACAGCUUUGGUCUUAAACCUGAAAUUAAGAUGAACACAAUAGCCCCUGCUCCAGGAACGUAUAAUCCUGAAAAGGCAGAUCGUCUUUUAAAUGGAGCACCACACCAUAGUUUCGGGCUAAGACCUGAGUUAAAAUUAAACUUCUCCACCCCUGCACCAAAUGCAUAUGAUUCUGAGAAGGGAGAAGAAUACCUUGCUGGUGGAAUGAGUAUAACUAUUGGUACAAGACUAAAGGAAGCUUCACCGUUCAGUACUCCAGCACCAAACACAUAUCGUCCAGAAGAUUGUAAAGAAUCUUCACAAGCUUCAAGUCUUCAUAUUAAACCAAAGGAACCAAAGAAGUUCCAAACCCCAGCUCCAGGCGCCUAUAAUCCUGAAAACGCUGACAAGGAGGUAAAUGCUUCCAGUGCUAAAUUCUCUUUUGGAAUCAAGCCUGAUAUCAAGAAGAUUUCUAGCUCUCCAGCUCCCAAUGCAUACACUGUUGAAGCUACUAAGGAUUCUCCAGCUUACAGUUUAGCAAGUAGAGCUAAGGAACUAAAGAAGUUUUCUACUCCAGCUCCAGGAGCUUACGAGUUGAGUGAUACUAACAUGUACAAGACUAAAUCUCCCGCCUAUUCUCUCAGCAUGAGGUAUAAUGAACCCUCUGAUAAUACAAUGAAACCUGGUCCUGGAGCUUAUGCAGCUGAAAAAAUAAAUUUGAGCACUAGUCAACCAGAAUACAGUUUUGGAGUCAGGCAUUCUCAGUAUGUUUUCACUCCUAAACCAUCAAAUGGAGUUCAUUGUAGACCUCUACCUUACUAAUCCAACCAUCAAAUGGAGUUCAUUGUGGAGUUCAUUGUAGGCCUCUACCUUACUAAUCCAACAUCAAAUGGAUUUCAUUGUGGAGUUCAUUGUAGGCCUCUACCAUAGUAUUUCAACCAUUAAUUAUGGAGUUUUUUGUAGGCCACUACCAUACUAAUCCAAUCAUCAAAUGGAGUUUAUUGUAGGCCUCUUUACCAUAGUAUUUAAACCAUUAAAUGGAGUUUAUUGUAGGCCACUACCUUACUAAUCCAGCCAUCAACUGUGGUUCAUUGUAGGCCUCUACCAUACUAAUCCAACCAUCAAAUGGAGUUCAUUGUAGGCCUCUACCAUACUAAUACAACUUUCAAAUUGAGUUCAUUGUAGGCCUCUAUCAUACUAAUCCAACCAUCAACUGUAGUUCAUUGUAGGCCUCUACCAUACUAAUCCAACCAUCACUCCCUUGACUUCCGGUUGACUGUAGGACUCCCUUGUAGGAUUAGCAACCCCUGAUGCAUUUAGCAAUCCCAUAAUGAAUAUAGCACACCCAUUAUGAUUGUAGCACUUACCUAAUAAAUGUAGCGCUCUCCUUUAGGAUGUAUCACUCUCCUUUAGGAUGCAUCACUACCCUUUUGAAUGUAACACUUAUCUUUAGGAUGAUACAUCCCCUGUAGGAUGUAGCACUCAAAUGUAGAAUGUGGCACUCUCCUGUAUUCUGUAGCACUUCCCUGUAGGACAUGGCACACACCUCUCGAAUGGAUCACUAUCCAAUAGGAUGUAGCACUCUAAAGUAGAAUGUGACACUUCUUAUUAGAUUAUAUCACUCUACUGUAGGAUGUUGCACUCCCCAGUAGGAUCUGGCCCUCCCUUUAGGAUUUUAUUACUCCCCUUUUAGUAUUAUAUCACUUCCCUAUUGGAUUCAAGACUCCCCUGUAGGAUCAAUCACUACUAACCAGAUUACAUCGCUCCCCUUUAAGAUUUUGCACUCUCCUGUAGAAUGUUGAACUCCCCUGUAGAGUUUAGCACUCCCCUGUAGGAUUUAGCAUUCCCCUGUAGGAUUUAGCACUCCUCUGUAGAUUAUAUCACUCCCCUGAAAGAUGCCUCACUCAUUCUAGAUUAUUGCAAACAUUUUCCUAAUAUAUUUUGAAAAUGUGUGUUUUAUUAUAACUCUACUGUGUUCCUUUACUUAAUUCUAGUCUAAAUUAUAGCUUUUAUUCAACUUGAGAUAUUGAUUGAUUGUAAUUAUACUCAUAAACUGGAAUAGAAUUUGUGUUAUAA